AAAACAAACAAACAAACAAAACGUUGUUUGUUCAAACACAAGGAGGGAACGAAGGCGGAGGAGAGAAACCAACCAGAAAUGGAUCCAGACACUUUAUCCAGAUCAUUCGUCGAGCACUACUACUCCACCUUCGAUACAAAUCGAUCUGGAUUAGCUAAUCUCUAUCAAGAUGCUUCCAUGUUAACCUUCGAAGGCCAGAAGAUCCAAGGCUCUCAGAACAUCGUCGCUAAGCUCACUUCUCUUCCCUUCCAGCAGUGCAAACACAGCAUCACAACCGUCGAUUGUCAGCCGUCUGGUCCUGCCGGCGGUAUGCUCGUCUUCGUCAGCGGUAACCUUCAACUCGCCGGAGAACAACACGCUCUUAAGUUCAGUCAGAUGUUUCAUUUGAUGCCAACACCACAAGGAAGCUUUUAUGUGUACAAUGACAUAUUCCGUUUGAACUAUGCAUGAGAUAAGGUGUCAUUCUAGAACCCAAGUGUGUUUCUUAGUUUUUGAACAUCAUUCAUUUUCUGUCAAAUUUACUAUACUUGAGCGUUGAGAUGCUAAAUCAUUCUUGUACUGCUUGGCUUUUGUGCCCUCUUUCAAAACACUAGAACUGUCUUUGUUUUUUUCUUUUUUUAUGCAAUUUGUGUCUGGCUUUGUUAUU